AUGGUUGUUUCGCGCGGGACAACUCCUGCACGGCACGGCUCUCCUAUGAGAGGCACAACGCCAGGACGUGGAAUGAUUCCAGGUGGGAUGUUGGAGGACAUGAGAUCUACAUCCAAGAACGCGAUGGCUAAUGAAUCCCGUCCCCGACUUCUGGGUGGGAUGACAACGUUCUUGAAUGUUGCAAAAACGAAAGCGAAGUCUACCAAAGGUGCUGUCCAGGUUCCGCAGUCAACUCGCAAGACCCGCCAGAACACGAACAAGCUACCUGGCAAGCCAGACCGUCUAAUCGAGGAGGUCAUGUUCUCAACGCCGAAGAAGAAGACAACUAAAUCCCCGACCCAGAAGAAGACCGAAAAGAAAGUAACGACUCCGAAAGUUAUCAAGCCAAAGGCAAGCAAAGUCACCAAGAAGAAAGCGCCUGCAAAGCCGCUGGCCAAGAACGCGACCGUCAAGAAAGCUGUUACUACUAUUAAAGAACUAAAGGCUGUUGCCGCAAAGGUCUGGAGCGGAGAGACGCUCAGGAAGGAGAAGGAGAAGGAGAAGGAGAAGGAGAAGGAGAAGGAGAAGGAGAAGGAGAAGGAGAAGGAGAAGGAGAAGGAGAAGGAGAAGGAGAAGGAGAAGGAGAAGGAGAAGGAGAAGGAGAAGGAGAAGGAGAAGGAGAAGGAGAAGGAGAAGGAGAAGGAGAAGGAGAAGGAGAAGGAGAAGGAGAAGGAGAAGGAGAAGGAGAAGGAGAAGGAGAAGGAGAAGGAGAAGGAGAAGGAGAAGGAGAAGGAGAAGGAGAAGGAGAAGGAGAAGGAGAAGGAGAAGGAGAAGGAGAAGGAGAAGGAGAAGGAGAAGGAGAAGGAGAAGGAGAAGGAGAAGGAGAAGGAGAAGGAGAAGGAGAAGGAGAAGGAGAAGGAGAAGGAGAAGGAGAAGGAGAAGGAGAAGGAGAAGGAGAAGGAGAAGGAGAAGGAGAAGGAGAAGGAGAAGGAGAAGGAGAAGGAGAAGGAGAAGGAGAAGGAGAAGGAGAAGGAGAAGGAGAAGGAGAAGGAGAAGGAGAAGGAGAAGGAGAAGGAGAAGGAGAAGGAGAAGGAGAAGGAGAAGGAGAAGGAGAAGGAGAAGGAGAAGGAGAAGGAGAAGGAGAAGGAGAAGGAGAAGGAGAAGGAGAAGGAGAAGGAGAAGGAGAAGGAGAAGGAGAAGGAGAAGGAGAAGGAGAAGGAGAAGGAGAAGGAGAAGGAGAAGGAGAAGGAGAAGGAGAAGGAGAAGGAGAAGGAGAAGGAGAAGGAGAAGGAAGGGAAGAAGUCAAGAGAGGGAAAGGGAAAGGAAAAGGAAAAGGAAAGGGAAAAGGAAAGGGAAAAGGAAGGCCGAAGACGGGCGCUGGUGUUCAGAAGACGGCGCCCAAGAAGAUAA